AUGGAGCACAGAAUUCAGAAAUGGAUAGGAAAAACUCUAGCACAAGCCAGCAAAAUGAUACUAAACAAAGAUACCCUGGCAAACUUAGCUACUUAUCAGAUGAGCUGCUUCAUGUUGCCAAAGAAAAUAACAAACAAAAGAGAUGCUAUUCAGAGAGAUUUCUGGUGGGGGAAAGAAACUAAUAAUAAAGGUUAUUAUCCAGCCUCUUAUUCUUGUCUCUGUAAACCCAUCCAUAAAGGGGGACUAGGUUUUAGGGAUGCCCAUAAAUUCAAUUUAGCUCUUAUAGCCAAAUUGUCUUGGAGAAUUCUAAAGGAACCUAAGGCUCUUUGGGUUUCUCAACUUAGACCUAAAUACUUCAGGAAAACUUCUUCUUUUAGAGCAAACAUUCCAACCUCUAGUUCUUGGAUUUGGAAGUGCACCUAUAAAGGAAUAAAAUUAGUGGAACAAAACAAUAUAUGGGAAAUUGGAGAGGGAAAGAAAGUUAAUAUUUGGGAGGAUAAUUGGAUUCCUGACCUGGAAGAGAACCUUAAGAAUUACAAGACUACCUAA